AUGGCGUUCCUGAUCAAGAGCAUGAUUGGAAACCCCUUGUCGGGAAUAGGGCUCGGAGGUGGAGGGGACAAGGAGGAAGACGUGGCCCCCAAGGAUCCGGCUAAAGCGGCGGGAAUGACACGGGAGGAGUACGAGGAAUAUCAAAAACAAGUGGUGGAAGAAAAGAUGGAGAGAGAUGCAGACUUUCUACACAAGAAAGCAGAGAGGGCCACAUUACGCGUCUGCCUCAGGGAUAAAUACAGACUGCCAAAGAGCGAGCAGGACGAAAACAUGAUCGAGAUGGCGGGCGAUGACGUGGACGUGCCCGAAGAGCUGCUCAAGAUGGUGGACGAGGACGCCACGGAGGAAGAGGGCAAGGACUCGCUCAUGGGCCAGAUUCAGAACCUGCAGAACAUGGACAUGGACCAGCUGAAGGAGAAGGCGUCGGCCACGGUCACCGAGCUGAAGACCAAGGCCGAGGAGAAGUGCUGCGUCAUGUGA